CAGUGCAGACCACCUCCACCAUGGCCGCCAAGUACGACCCCAAGGUCGGCCUCAAGGUGACGAGCCGCGCCGCCAUCGCCAACGCCCCCUUCCCCGUCGACGGCAACGGCACCUUCUCCAACCUCCAGCUCGCCGCCGUCGUCCUCUUCGUCCCCUACGUCCUGAGCCGCUUUGUCCCCUUUGUCUCGUUCCGCACCGCCUACGUCCUCCUCCUCGUCGUUACGGGCGUCCCGACCACCAUCUGCUACUGGAUGCUCAUGAGCCGCGCCAACGUGCGCGUGCGCGACGAGGGCAUCUUCCCGGGCAACGACCUCGAGCACUACAUCACCAUCACCGACCCGGCUCUCAAGGAGCAGUACUCGGGCCAGAAGAAGAUCCCGAUGCAGGUCUUCUACGACAGCUACUUUGCCGGCAAGAUCGACAUCAAGGGCGACAUGCUCGAGCUCCUCGAGUGGCGCCACGACUGGAUGUCGUUCCCGAUGACGGUCGAGCUCAUGCGCUACGUCCUCACCAAGCUCAUUCCGGACGUCAUCUUCCACUCGGCCGGCCAGGACGAGGAGCAGGUCACCGACCACUACGACCGCGGCGACGACUUCCACGAGUGGUUCCUCGGCCCUCGCAUGAUCUACACGUCGGGCGUCAUCAGCGACAUCGACCGCAAGGAGACGCUCGAGGAGCUCCAGGACAACAAGCUCGCCGUCGUGUGCCACAAGCUCCAGCUCAAGCCGACCGACCGCCUGCUCGACAUUGGCUGCGGGUGGGGCACCCUCGUCACGUACGCCGCCAAGAACUUUGACUGCGACGCGACGGGCGUCACGCUCAGCAAGAACCAGGCCGAGUUUGGCACCAAGCGCAUCGCCGACAACGGCGUCGACGCCGCCAAGGCGCGCAUCCUCCGCACCGACUUCCGCAACCUCGACAAAUCCCAAAAGUUCGACAAGAUCGUCUCGCUCGAGAUGGCCGAGCACGUCGGCAUCCGUCGCUACAACACGUUCCUCGCCGACGUCUACAACCUCCUCGAGGACGACGGCAUCCUCGUCUUCCAGGUCGCCGGCAUCCGUCCCUCGUGGCAGUACGAGGACCUCAUCUGGGGCCUCUUCAUGAACAAGUACGUCUUCCCGGGCGCCGACGCCUCGUGCGCGCUCAACUGGGUCAUUGGCCGGCUCGAGGGCGUCGGCUUCGAGGUCACCAACGUCGACGUCAUCGGCGUCCACUACUCGGCGACGCUCCACCGCUGGUACGAGAACUGGAUCAAGAACGAGGACAAGGUCAAGGCGACGUACGGCGAGAAGUGGUACCGCACGUGGCUCUACUUCCUCGCGUCGUCCGUUAUCACGUCGCGCCAGGGCGGCGCGUCGUGCUUCCAGAUCACGCUCCACAAGAACCUCAACAAGUACCACCGCGUCGAGGACAUCCCGGCCCACACGAGCCUGCACCCGACGCUCACCAAGGAGCCCAAGCUCGUCGUCUGAGCGCUCUCUCGGACCCGGGCCAGCUCGACCGAGCACGGCAUCCCUGCCGCUCGUCGCCACCGCCGCAGCAUAGACACAGCUCUCUCGAAGACGAGGAGCAAUCAAAAGGGGAGCGCCGGGAGGGAGGAAGGGCGCAUGGGAGGGCUGCAACUCAUUUCGCAUGUUGAACUCGACCUGCG